AUGGGUCGACUUAGCGACGCCCACGUGACCUUGUACCUGCGAUCACCAGUGGUGCGCGCGCGUUGUUGCCAAACCGCACCUCAGGUGCUAACCGGCAAAAUUUCGUCACCGUGGACACCAGCAAGCUCCGGACCCGCAGCCGACACAAAUGGCUCGGGUUCGGAGUCGAAAUUGGACGUGGGCGACCUCAGCGAUGAUGACAAGGACAUGUCCGCAUCGGACGCAGAGGGUGUUUGGAGCCCGGACAUUGAACAAAGCUUCCAAGAAGCUUUGGCCAUCUACCCACCUUGCGGCCGCCGCAAAAUCAUUCUCUCUGAUGAGGGGAAGAUGUAUGGCCGAAACGAGUUGAUAGCUCGUUACAUCAAGUUACGCACAGGAAAGACACGCACAAGGAAGCAAGUCAGCUCGCACAUCCAAGUUCUGGCGAGGCGCAAACUUCGAGAAAUUCAAGCCAAACUCAAGUUUUGGCAGCCUGGUCUUCAACCCGGUACCUCGCAAGACAGUGUUAAACCUUUCGCCCAGUCUGUGUAUGGCGUUGGUGGACCUGGAAAAUCGGCAUCUGGCGUCUCGGACAUUGGUCUGCUGUCCUCCUCCGGACAAGCGCCGCCACCGCCACCUUGGGAAGGCCGAGCCAUCGCCACUCAGAAACUGCGCCUUGUCGAGUUUUCUGCAUUUAUGGAGCAGCAACAAGAUCAGGACACAUAUCACAAACACUUAUUCGUCCACAUUGGAGGUACUGUUACGUACGCAGACCCCCUGCUUGAAGCAGUGGACGUCCGACAAAUCUAUGACAAAUUCCCCGAGAAGAAGGGUGGCCUGAAGGAGCUUUAUGACAAGGGACCACAGAACGCCUUUUUCCUCGUCAAGUUCUGGGCGGACUUGAACUCGAACAUUCAAGAUGAGGCGGCAGCCUUUUACGGAGUUGCUAGCCAAUAUGAAAGCAAUGAGAACAUGACAAUAGCUUGCUCCACCAAGGUAUGCUCUUUUGGCAAACAGGUGGUGGAGAAGGUCGAGAAGGAGUACGCCAGAUUCGAGAAUGGCCGCUUUAUGUACCGCAUCCCGAGAUCUCCUAUGUGUGAAUACAUGAUCAACUUCAUCCACAAGCUCAAACAUCUGCCAGAAAAGUACAUGAUGAACAGUGUACUCGAGAACUUCACCAUCCUCCAGGUUGUCACAAACUACGACACCCAAGAGACCUUACUGUGUAUAGCCUACGUAUUUGAGGUUUCAACCUCUGAGCACGGAGCCCAGCACCACAUUUACAGGUUGGUUAAGGAUUAACCGGCCUGUACACCAGCCAGCCACUACAGUGCCUAGUGACUGCCCCCAACCUCAGCAUGCCGCAAAAAUAUGAAUAGUUAUUGAAUGAUUAUUACUUGAUCUCUCGCUAAGUCAAAUAUAUAAAUAUCUUCAGGGCAAAACAAAAUUAUGAAGCCAACCUUGGCAGCUUGAAAACAAAAGUAAUAAUGUAUCGUUUGGCCAAUUCGUUGUGCCUCUGCAGAUGGAAACAUGGAUUUUUGUACUUUUUAAGAAGCAAGCAAAGGUUUUACACUUGAGAAAUUUUUGGUUUUUCCGAAACCCUACAAAACGUUUAGUUAAUGUGCUCGUCUUUUUGUCUUUUGCCACUCGAUUGUGGAAAUCCCUCAACUUGCUCGUUGGAAGUACGCAUUUGUUGUGAUGAUUGAUGGAAAGACGAUUAAAUUGUACAUUUUGGCCAUAUCUUGAUUGCCAUAUCAACUUGUACUUAAUGUGAAAUAUUUAUGUACGGAUUCUUCUUUUGUGUUUUUUCUCUGGUGGGAAAAUUAUCCUGUGAGCAACCUUUUCUUUCAAACUUGCAAAAAUGACUAGUACUCUGCAGUUAAUACCCCUGCAAUGAAUUUGUCUAACUUUGCGCUAGUAUUCUUUUCUGUGGAAAGAUUAGGAGAGCAUUUCCUGACAACAGAGACAAUUGGAGAAAAUGAUUUGUCUCUAAACAAAAGUAUAUAUUGCUUGAUUUUUUUAGAAAAAGAAAAAUGCAGUCUUAGCACUUGUUCAGAAUUCUGCUGCUUGUAUGAGAAAAUCAGCGCUCUGAGCCCAAAAGUUUCCCUCUAAUCGUAUUCUUGUGAAUGAUCUCAAUCUGGCUUGUGUUCAGCUUUGCGAGUCAUUAAAAUUUUUGCGUCGGUAGAUAGAAAAUUUAAGUUGAACCAUGGGCGUGGAGCCUUUUGUUAAUUUUAAAACUGCCAACUCUCAUCGGAUCUUUUGCAAUUUGUUCCUUUUUUUAUUUAGAAAAAUGAGAAUUCGGGAUUUUCGGGUCGAGUGUGCCGGCAGCAGAAUUCACGUCGAUGGAAGUGCCUUUUUGGAUUUACUGAAAAUGAAUGAAACAUGACUGAUUCAUAUCUGUUUUGCUUUAAAAAGUGUCAUGAAAUGAAAAAAUGAAAUAGUUUAUAGGUUCAUAAUUUGUCCCACACGAAUUCCUGUUCUCUCUACUUCUCUCUCUCUUUCAUCUGUGCAACAGGUUAGACUCUCCUUCCCAUUAGACUGUAAAUAUUGCAUAACCUUGGAGUAAUUCAUAUGUCAUUGCAUACUAAUAUUUAUAUCUCCGUGCAAAUUGGUUAUAUUUGAUGUUGCUGAAAGAAAAAUUUGCCCUCUUGAAACGAUGAUCUUGAAAAAUAGUUGUUAUUUAAUUUGUACAGUAGUUCAGAGUUGUAGAUUGAAGACGCUAACUUUAUCCGAUUAAGCCACACAUACAAACACAGCAAGAAAAAGAGUUAAUUAACCAUUGAUUAUCGAAUUCAUAAUUUUGAGGGAAACAAUAGUUAUAUAGAUCGAUGUUCACCUAACAACAUUCAUAGUGUACCAUAGUGUGAAGCAGUGUGAAGAUAAUAAUUUUGAAUGAUUUUUUUCAGUUUUGUUGUGAUAGAGAAAAGAAUCUGGAAUGACCCCAGUACCAUUAUUUUAUAAUUUGUUUUUGUUUUUAAAUGGAAAGGGAUGAAUCCCCUUAUUUUAUUGGAAAAGAAAAUUUUAAACUUUUAUCUUAACCAUUGCGCUAUUUUUCCUCCAUUGGCGGUUGACCAAAAACGAUUGGGUCACCGAUCAAUGCUGACAAUUAUUAUCAUAGUAAAUAAUUUGAAAAAAAAAAUACUGUGUUGAGCUAUAUUUCCAAUAGUCUAUUGAACUCGAAGCAAACUAAGUAAAUUUGUCUAUGUACUUGAGUGUGCUGCCACUCUGUCGUAAUUAACAUGUCUAGAUUUUAUGUAAUUGAGUGAAAAUAAUCAUAUCUCGUAGUAGAACUUGAUGAACAUGUUUUUGCGUAGCUUGAACUCUUUAUUUAUUGAUGUUGAACCAUACAGACAGACAGAGAGCGAUGAUUAAUUGCAGCACCAUCGACAAGUUCUUACCACUCUUAUCAUGCAUAAUCACGAAGGAAAUUUUUGUGUUGCUAUUAUAUAUUUUUGACCGUAUCUGUAACAGAGUAGCUCUUGGUAUUUUGAAAAAGAUAAAAGAAACUGUGUGUACACCUUUUUGAAACCAAUUCAAUUUGAGUUCUGCCGACAGACCCACCUGAAAUCGUGUCCGCAUCCAGACGUUGCUUUCGUCUCUUUUAGUUUGUAAGGCCGGCUCUAAGCGUUAGAAAAUAGUAUGAUACUCACAGAAUAAUGUUUCAUGAAUAUGCUAAUUAGUCUAAAAUAUAUUUUAUUUUGUACCAAUAA